GAGCCGCCGCCGCCGCCGCCCGCCCGCCCGGGAGGAGCACUGGACCCCAGGCGGCUGGGAGCGCACGCGAGCUGGCCAGGGCCGCGCGGGCAGCGCCCUGAGCCCGUCCCGCGCCCGCGGGCCCCGCCAAGCAGAGGAGCGCCCCGGGAUGCCCCGGCGGCCCGGAGCGCGGGCAGCGGCAGCGGCGACCACGCCGUGAGGGCGGCGGCGCCCGCGGGACCCGUGACUGCCAGGAACUGCUGCCAGCACCGACAACCCCUAUGGCCUACAUCCCUGGUGGGGGCGCCCCAGCAGCGGGGGCGGCCCCCAUGGGCUCCCAGUAUUGUGUGUGCAAGGUGGAACUGUCAGUGAGUGGCCAGAACCUGCUGGACCGGGAUGUCACCUCCAAGUCUGACCCCUUCUGUGUCCUCUUUACAGAGAAUGAUGGCAGGUGGAUUGAGUACGACAGGACAGAAACUGCCGUCAACAACCUCAAUCCCGCGUUCUCCAAGAAGUUCGUCCUCGACUACCACUUUGAGGAGGUGCAGAAGCUCAAGUUCGCCCUGUUUGACCAGGAUAAGUCCAGCACACAACUCGAUGAGCAUGAUUUCCUGGGCCAGUUCUCCUGCAGCCUGGGCACGAUCGUCUCCAGCAAGAAGAUCACUCGGCCACUGCUGCUGAUGAAUGACAAGCCUGCAGGGAAGGGCCUGAUUACGAUUGCUGCCCAGGAGCUGUCAGACAACCAGGUCAUCACGCUGAGUCUGGCGGGCAGGAAGCUGGACAAAAAGGACCUCUUUGGGAAGUCAGACCCAUUUCUCGAGUUUUAUAAACCGGGAGAUGAUGGCAAGUGGAUGCUGGUUCACAGGACUGAGGUGAUCAAGUACACGCUGGACCCUGUGUGGAAACCAUUCACUGUGCCAUUGGUGUCCCUGUGUGAUGGGGACAUGGAGAAGCCCAUCCAGGUCAUGUGCUACGACUAUGACAACGACGGAGGCCAUGACUUCAUCGGCGAGUUCCAGACCUCAGUGUCGCAGAUGUGUGAGGCUCGUGAUGGUGUCCCGCUGGAGUUCGAGUGCAUCAACCCCAAGAAGCAAAGGAAGAAAAAGAACUAUAAGAACUCGGGCAUCAUUAUCUUGCGUUCCUGCAAGAUAAACCGGGACUACUCCUUCCUGGACUACAUCCUGGGAGGCUGCCAGCUCAUGUUCACGGUUGGGAUAGACUUCACAGCCUCCAAUGGGAAUCCUCUGGACCCUUCCUCUUUGCACUAUAUCAACCCCAUGGGCACCAACGAAUAUCUGUCAGCCAUCUGGGCUGUCGGGCAGAUCAUUCAGGACUAUGACAGUACCUGGCAGUUUGUCCUUCACACAACAGCCAGGGGAUUCCUCAAUAUUGAUAAGAUGUUUCCGGCUCUGGGCUUCGGGGCCCAGUUACCCCCAGACUGGAAGGUCUCCCAUGAGUUUGCCAUCAACUUCAACCCUACCAACCCCUUCUGCUCGGGUGUCGAUGGCAUCGCCCAGGCAUACUCGGCCUGCCUGCCCCACAUCCGCUUCUACGGCCCCACCAACUUCUCACCCAUCGUCAACCACGUGGCUCGGUUUGCAGCCCAGGCCACACAGCAGCAGACAGCCACGGAUCUACUUUGAGGAGGUGGUGUUCGGAUUAGCAACAUCAUGCGAUGCCUGCACCCAGGAGGAGCAAGGCCAGGCAGACAGGACGCCAGAGGCCGGGACAACGUGAAGGAGGUCGGCAUGCAGGUCAGGGGAGAAGGAAGGCGGUCCUGGCAUCUUCCUCAGGGGGCAUGGUCUGCUCUAGUGCCAGUCCUGCCCGGCCGCUGACGGCUGAGGCCCUGAGGCCAGAGGCUUCCUGCUCUGAGCCUCUCUCCGUUAUGAGGUGGGAGAAAUAAAGCCCCCCUGGGUGCCCUGAGGAUCUGGGGCAACCUGAAUGAGACAGCAACCAGGGAAAGGCCUGGGAGGGACUACUUUUGCAUUCCUGGGGUGCAGGGCUGGAAUGGGUUGGAGGGCAGACGAGAGGCAGCCCUUGGGCUUGCACUGUCUGGAGGCCUGCCAUCUGUGAACCAGGCCGUUGUCACCCCAAGUCUGUUGUCCACCUGAGUCAGCUUUCAAAGGGAUGGAAAAACAGGCCCGCACUCUUGUUUAAAAGGAAGAAAUGCAAACGGUAGCAGGAGCGAAGCCAGUGCUCUUGCCAGGCUUACCCUGCAGCCAGGGUAGGACCGGGCAGGACGUGUGGUCCUGGGGGGAAAGGUGCCUGUGUCUGCUAGGUCCCAGGUGUGCCAGGGGCUUGGGCCCUGGGCAAGGCCAGGAAGGGGACCUUUGUGUCCUGGGGAAUAACUGCUGACGGCUCCCCAGAGGGGAAACUUGGUCUUUUCUCUGUCCAGCCCCUGAUCUUCUCAACACCCCAGGCACUUCUGUCACGUCCCUGGCCUCCCACCCUGGGGAGGCAGCCUCCUCUUGGCACCCUCACCCCUCAUGGAAGCACUACCCCGCACCCCGGUGUGACUUGGGCCACCUCUAAGCAGGAGUGGGACAGAGGGCCUCUCUCAGCCCCUCCCACCCUGACGUCCACAUAGACAGGCUUCUCCACCUCUGGCCUUGCUGUCCCACAUCUCACUGUGCU